AUGGCAAGAUGGCUGACCAAAAAACGUAUCACCACAAACACCAUCCCCGCCACCACCACAACCAUGAUCAGCAUCACCAUCCUCAUCAUCACCAGCAAAAGACAGAUUGGUCAGAAGAUCAGAAUGAUCAUGGCAACCUCAUCCAGCUCCUCUGGUUCCUCAUCAUCAUCUUCAUCCUCUUCCUCCUCUUCCUCAACAUCAUCCUCUUCUUCCUCCUCGUCAUCCUCUGGCUCUUCCUCCACCUGGUCCUCUCAGACUAGUAUUAAUGAGUCCGUGAAGGAUAACAAACAUCCACUGCAGAAGCCCAAGUACUCACAGUCCUGCACUGACAUCUACAGGGGGCGGAAGGCCUAUGACGAGGAGGAAGAUGAAGAAGAUGACACAUCUCCUUUGAUUGAUGAUGAAGGCCACCUCCCAAGACAGGAAAAGAGCUUGAAAGAAAAAAAGAAAAAGAAAGCAAUGUCCUCUCAUCAGACCCCUGCCAAUGUCGUCCUGAAGAAGCAGGAGAGUUCUGAAGGGGCAAGAAUGGCUGGCAAAUUUCGCAAGGCAAAGUCAAUGGAGGCACUGUCCCAUUGUAAGGACAGGGAUGGAGAUGCAGAUACAUUUGUAGACAAGGAGUUGGAGAAAAGAGAGCAGGUAGCCAAGAAGAACUUAGUGCAGGAAAAAUUGAAGUUCUCUGCCUUUUUGAACGAGAUCACCAGGCAGGUGUUCAGCCCGUACAGACUCACCUCUCUUGGGGUCACAGCUGCUCACAGGCCCAGCAGCCCCGGACAAGCCUCCCUGAGGUCCCCCAAGGUGGAACACAGAGGGGAGGAGAGGCAAAGACAAAAGGGCAGUUCCGCUCCAGCAAGCACUCUCAUUCCAGCAAGCACUCUCACUCCCAUCUCGGCAAACACCAGGACCACCAACACCAUCAGCCUGCAAGAGACAUACACCACAGUCCCAGCAGCCACACCGAUGACAGCACUAGCCCAGAUAAUAGCCCCUCCUCAUCAAGACAUCCCUCCUGUCAUUCAACACCACACCACCAUCAUCACCAGCAUCGCUCCCAUUCUCCCUUUCACCACCAUCACCAUCACGGUCUUCACAGCCCAAGCCAUCCCCAUCAUCAUGGAGAACAUCACAGCCCAACCAAUCACCAUGGAGACCACCACAGCCCAACGCAUCCCCAUCCCCAUGAAGACCACCACAGCCAAACUCAUCCUCAUGGAGAACACCACAGCCCAAGAAACCCCCAUCAACAUGGAGACCUCCACAGCCCAAGCCACCCCCAUCGUCAUGGAGACCACCACAGCCCAAGCCAUCCCCAUCGUCAUGGAGACCACCAUAGCCCAAGCCAUCCCCAUUGUCAUGGAGAACAUCACAGCGCAACCCAUCACCAUGGAGACCACCACAGUCCAACUCAUCCCCAUCCCCAUGAAGACAACCAUAGCCAAACUCAUCCUCAUGGAGAACACCACAGCCAAAAAAACAAACAUCACCAUGGAGACCACCACAGCCAAACUCAUCCUCAUAGAGAACACCACAGCCCAUGCCAUUCCCAUCACCAUGGAGACCACCACAGCCCAACUCAUCCCCACCACCAUGGAGACCACCACAGCCCAACUCAUCACCAUGGAAGCCACCACAGCCAAACUCAUCCCCAUGGAGACAACCACAGCCAAACUCAUCCCCAUGGAGACAACCACACUCCCAGUCAUCCCCAUCACCAUGGACACCACCACAGCCCAACUCAUCCCCAUUACCAUGGAGACCAUCACAGUCCAACACAUCCCCAUCAACAGGGAGAUCACCUCAGUCCGAGUCAUUCCAAUCACCAUGGACAUCACCACAGCCCAACUCAUCCUCAUCACCAUGGAGACCACCACAGCCCAACUCAUCCCCAUCACCAUGGACACCACCACCAUCCUCUCCACCCAGAUUCUCACCGUCGCCAUGGCUCCCAUCCAGAAUUGCACCACCACCAUCAUCUGUCCCACCCUGAAUCCCACGAUCACCACCGCUCCCAUCCAGAAUCUCUCCAUCACCAUGGCUCCCAUCCAGAAUCUUGCAACCACCAUGGCUCCCAUCCAGAAUCUCUCCAUCACCACGGCUCCCAUCCAGAAUCUCAUGAUCACCAUGGCUCCCAUCCAGAAUCUCUCCAUGACGAUAGCUCCCAUUCACAAUCUCUCCAUCACCAUGGUUCCUUUCCAGAAUCUCUCCAUCACCAUGGCUCCCAUCCAGAUUCUCUCCAUCUCCACAGCUCCCAUCCAGAAUAUCUCCAUCACCAUGGCUCCCAUCCAGAAUCUCUCCAUCACCACCAUAGUUCCCACCAAGAUUCUCACCAUCACCACCACCCCUCUCAUUCAGAAUCUCACCAUCCACACUCCCAUUCUGAACCCCAUCACAGUCCUAGCAACCUAG